AUGAACAUCCCCCUGGAUCUGAACGCCACCAAAGGGGAGCACCAAGCCCAGAAGCCUAAGGCCACGAAGCGGCACGGUGCUUGUAUCCCAUGCAAGCGCUCCAAGACAAAGUGUGAUGGAGGAAUGCCCUGCGGCGCUUGUCGGACGGAGAAGAAGGCCAAAACGUGUGAAUACAAUCAGAAAGCUCAGAAUCUGGCUGCCGCUCGUGCAGCAAACCAGACCAAAAAGAGAAGACGAGAUGGCGAAAGCGUUUCCUCAGACGUCUCAGCAGAGCAAGAAGAUCGAGACCCGCGACACAACGGCCGAACAGAGCUAUUAUCGAGCAUAACGGCUGUCGCGACGGAAUCAACAGAUACGAUAUUCCAGAAGAUGUCACUUUGUGGCACCGUUGAGGAGUUUGCUAGGGUCAAGCAAAUGAAGAACAGGGCUAGAACAGACGUGGAGUUUUUGUUGACUGGUUGGAGGGAAUUGCAGAGUCUUGUCAUGGAGAAUGACAUGAACAACGUCACAUCGAGCGUUUCUGGGCCAUCUGCUCUGCGUGUAAAUGUACAGUCGAGGCAGGAGGGCCAAUCCAAUGUCGAUGUGUGGAAGGCAAGUCUGGACGAGCUACUACAGCUUGUGAAUAGUGGCCAUCUACGUGCAGCCUGGGAGGCGUUGCCGUCAUUGCUUGCCAAAAUUCAGGGUUGGGAGAUGUAUGCACAGAACACUCUCCUUCGAGGUUUCCGUCCCGAUGCACAUCUCUCCGAACAAAUCAACCUCCUGUGUCUUGAGUUGGUUGACUUGGACAGUACCUUGGGCUUCUUUCUUGGUAGCCAGCCACGACCAUCGACUUGGGACAAAUCGACAUUCCUAUCUCGGAAGAUUGAAUUCUGCAAAUCACAAGGUAAUCUUGUAGCCCUCAAGAUUGAAGUGCUCACGACCAUGCAGAGGAUUUUGGAGGUCGACACCACAGAUGAGGCUGGCGUGUGGGAGUUUCUGCGCUUUGCCCACCUCUUCAGGCAAGGCGAACCUGUAACCCCUGUCGAGAGGGUUGCAACAUACAAGAAUGGCAGCGAAACAGCAGAUAGGGAAGCACUUAAGUUGAGGUCAAAUCUGAUCCUCAUGGUUAUGAACUGCAGGAUUGCUAGUGCUGCUGCCUUCUACUCGGCACAAGGACGUCUAGUCCCGCCUGCAGGCAGUGGAGCAUCAGACAUUAUACACGACAUGGGCCUUCAGACACAAUCAAAGAGGAGCAGUUAUACCAAACUGGUGAACAAGCAUGCCAAGCUUGCGUUGCAAGCAUUUGAUCGACUCUGUGACAUUGACGCGGAACAGAGUGCUCGAUCUUGGUUUCGGCUCCAUGGCGCUUUGAUUGCUGUCACGACCCUUGGCAUUGGUCAUCUAAGCGACAAGAACAUUAAAAGUAAAGCAGGUGAUAGCUACAAGAAAGCCAAAGAUGCUACAGACAACAUGGAAGAUGUCAGGGCAAUGCUCUCGCGACUGCGACAACGUUUUCUUGACUUGAGGGUACUCAAUCCUUCUAGUCCAAUAUUUGACAAGGCCAUUGCAAUCCUUGACGCGUGCGAGCCAAGCAGAGGUUCGCUUGUCAGUGCUAACAACAGGAAGACUAUGGUGUUGAAGCGGUCUGAGAGCAACUCAACAUCAGCAGAUAGCACUGUGCACGCGGAGCCGCCGAUGUCGUCUAGCAACCAUAUGCCACACAGCAGACGGAGGCAGAGUACAGGAAGUGUCACAGACUCUUCGUCAUCGACACCGAAGCCCGUGAAAAGAAGACGAGUUGGAGACACUAGUGAUGGCGUGGCGUUAAGUGUUGCUCCUACCACUGCAGGAAGCAGGGGCUCACGAGGCCCGGGUGUUUUUGUCUUAAGCACGAUGCCCGAAGUACAUCACACUGAGGCUCAUCCAGGGUUCGAAGACCUCACACCUUACAUAUCUAGCACGAACACCAGCUUUACUGAAACCACCUCUCAGUAUCCGGCGCUGGAGCAGAACUUUGAAACCCAUCACAACCCACUUGUACACGGUUUGAUGCCAUUUCACGACAUACGUCCACCUCUGAUUCCGCCCGAGAGCUACUACAUCGCACACGGUUACAACGAGGGCCUAUAUGCAGAUACCAGUGAACCGGGACACAUGAUCCCUCAUCACUUUGAUGCUACAUACUUCAACAGUGUCAACCAGCAAGUAAGCGAUCAGCCUCGGACAGCUGUGUAUGCUCAAAAUCCAUUCUCACCUCCGCUACCGCACUCAUCUAGAGACCCGCAAUUGAACAAUACUCCUCGUGCAAUGGUAUCACCAAGGCAAGACGACACAUAUGCGAACACGAUUCUACGGCCUCCUGUGAUAAGUCCACAGCAAGAAAUGGCAUCAAACUCAGACAUGAGACCUACGUACAUACCGCUAUCUGUGACAGGAAGGAGCCAAACACUUGGACCGAACAUGGUGAUCUCGCCUGGUGCUCAAUCUCAUCACGAAGCAUUAUCGGCGGAUGCUACGCCGUAUUUUCCUGUAGUCCCAGCACCAGGUCUCCUAAGGCGAGCGUCCGAGCCAUGGCUACCGCAACGAUCCGACUCCUCCACACAUGGUUAUCCUGUUCAUCCAUUCGGCCAUCUUGAUUAUGAUCAAGGCAAUGGGCAUUACCCACUUCCACACCAGUUCGAUCCCAACCUUGUUCCAGGUUCCAUGCCACAACCUCUGCCAAAUCAUCAGUACCCCUACCAGGGUGUCACAUCUUCUCUAUAA